GGCGAGGGAGCCAGGAAGGAGCCACUAUCAAAGUUCCCGGGUGUUCCUCGCCGGCAGGUGCCUAAGCUUCCUGAUCAGCACCAUGGACAGCGCCCGCGAAGCGACUCAGGGGCGCUUGGACGCCGCGGGCUUCUGGCAGGUCUGGCAGCGCUUUGACGCGGAUGAAAAAGGUUACAUAGAAGAGAAGGAGCUCGAUGCUUUCUUUCAUCACGUGUUGACGACACUGGGUACUGAGGAGGCAGGCAUGGAAGAAAAUGUGCAGAGAAUGAAACAACAAUUUAUGGCUGCCCAGGAUGUCUCUAGAGAUGGGCGUGUGCAGAUGAAAGAGCUUGCCAACAUGUUCUUGUCUGAGGAUGAAAACUUCCUUCUGCUCUUUCGUCAGGAAACCCCCUUGGACAGCAGUGUGGAGUUUAUGCAGAUUUGGCGCAAAUACGAUGCAGACAGCAGUGGCUUUGUAUCAGCUGCUGAGCUGCGGAACUUCCUCCGAGACCUCUUCCUCCACCACGAAAAGGCCAUUUCUGAGGCUAAGCUGGAAGAAUAUACUGGCACCAUGAUGAAGAUCUUUGACAAAAAUAAGGAUGGCCGUUUGGAUCUUAAUGACUUGGCGAGGAUUUUGGCUCUUCAGGAAAACUUCCUUCUCCAAUUUAAAAUGGAUGCUUGUUCCACUGAAGAAAGAAAGAGGGACUUUGAGAAAAUCUUCGCCCACUAUGAUGUUAGUAGAACGGGAGCUCUGGAAGGCCCGGAAGUGGACGGGUUUGUCAAGGACAUGAUGGAGCUUGUCCAGCCCAGCAUCAGCGGAGUGGAACUUGAUAAGUUCCGGGAGAUUCUUUUGCGCCACUGCGAUGUGAACAAGGAUGGAAAAAUUCAGAAGUCCGAGCUGGCUUUGUGUCUUGGGCUGAAAAUCAAUCCCUAAUCCCCAGAACGCUUUGCCUUUUUGCUCUUUGGAUGUUUCUGUGCUCCGGCUGCUUAAGCUAUCUGUGCUUUGCUGUUGGGACACGUGGGCAGACU